AUGGAUACCCUGGACACACAAAAUCUACGCUCCUUCGACACGGCUGCCUCCAUGCAGCAACCCGCCAACCCACUCGAUAUGUCUGCGCCAUCUUCCCACUCGCGCUCGGCAUCCGCGAAUAGCACGGCCACAGAACGUCCCACAGAAGCGCAACACGACCGCGCAUCCUCGCCCAACCCGACGCCCUCCAUCGACUCUAACUUUUCCAGCGUGCAGGGAAAGAUGGCCGGCACGCCUCCGGACCACGAGAGGUCCGCCCUCGCACCACCCGCUGCCACUCGUCCAGAUUGGAUGACCGACGAUCUCGACGAGUCGUGGCCAGAGGAGGAUCAAGCGGCAGCUGUCAGAUCCGCGCCUGACUCUGACAAAGAGGCCGCGGUCACAAGCCAAAUCCCUGCCACUCCGGCUGCCACUACAGCUGCCACUCCGGCUGCCACUCCGGCUGACACACCUCGGCCGCCUAUCCUCACCGCCAUUGGCGCAAUUGGCGCGCUUCCCGACCCCGCUUUCUCAGCAGCUCGUCAUCAGGCGCGGCGAGCCUUGUUGAAGGGCCGAUCUUCUGCUGUUGCAGCGCCGACUCCAACAAACGCCGCCUCCAGUCGCGUCUUGCAGGCAGGGCCUUCCACCUCCUCCUUACGCCACCCUAGCCACCAGAACAGGCGCGCUCGUCUUUCACGCAGCGCAGCGCACAACGACGAGGGCGACAGUACCAUCUGGUCCGACUCACCUUCCGAAUCGGACCCAGACUCGGACUCGGCAUCUUCCGGCUCAGCCCAAGACGACUUUGCCAGUGCCCGCGGCUCGCUCGCAGAGAACUCGCGCAUAACCAACAUGCAAACCGCCCAACAGUCGCGCCACACAUCGCAGCAACCGCCGCGCUCCCCUUCAGCCGAUUCCGACGCCUCGGGCGCAAAGGGCACCUUCAUCCACAAGGCCGACGCCUCCUCUCUCCCACCAGUCCUCCGUCCCGUCUGGCAGCAGAGUCCAGCAAAAGGCGGCAUUGCGCAGAACAGAAAGGGGAUCAGCGCGCUCGGUGGCGACAUGUUCACCCCAAUGCGCCUCCAGACCAUGUUCAAGACCCCCACGCCUCCGGACAAGCCAGUCCACAACAUCAUGUCCGCGCUCGAGCCAAAGCCGGCAUCGCAGUCUUCGCCCAGUCCUCAGCUCAACGCCCAACCGGACGACAACCAGGCUGCCUCGUCACAACCACCUACACCCGAGUCGCAAGCGCCUCCAACAACCAACGUCGGCGUGCCAACCACCGCGUUCACCUUUCAGACCCCACAUGCGUCCGUACAAGCAACCUUGCACGUCAAUCGAGGCAUGGUGCCGUCCCAGUCGCUGCACAACAUGCAGAGUCUGCAUCCAAAUCACAUGCACGCUUCCGCGCUCGCUCGACCCGCUUCCGCCGCUGCCGACCUUGGCCUUGCCUCUCCGGCCAUGCCAGCCAGCGGCAGCAACCUGGUCUCGGGUCCUCCAACCCCACACACGCCCAUGCGUCUCUUCAAGUUCAACUACGACGACGCCGUCACGCGCGCAAAGCUCGAGAUGAUGGUCAACGAUCGCACGUCCGUACAUGCAACAGCUGCUCAACCCACGCGCGCGGGCGAGGUCGAACGAGAGCGCAAGCGACUCAGACUCGACGUCAAGCCUCGCAAGGUCCUCACGGGCGACCUCAUGUCCAUGCCCACCCUCGGCGAGCCCGCGCUGGACGCAUCGACCAAAGCCCAGCCGGUUGUCGACUAUGUCAAGGAGUCCGCUGGCUUUAUGAGCGCGCUUCAAGACGCAGUCAGGACCCAGUCGCCUCCACGCCAGCCAUCGCCAGAAUGGGCAACCGAAGACGACGAGUCGUCGGGCAGUGGCGUCAAACCGCGCAGUCAGGCAGCCUUUCACCAGGGCAAAGCUGAUGCUGGGCGGACCCCGCAGGCGUCUUCGCCAGCAAGGCGAAGGCGUUCGUUUGGGCCAAGUCACAGGUCAUCGCCACGCGUAGAUGUGGUACCGUCCGUCGUCGAUCACGGCAGCCCGCAGCGUCUGUCCUCGCGCAGACUGCCUCCGGACUCAUCGUUCAUCACCGAGUCCAGCUCCAACGAUGUUCCCAUGUCGUCCACGCUCAAGUCGCGCGCAUCCCUCUCGCGCCGCAUCGCCGAGCAAAUCCAGGCUGCCGAGUCUCCGCGCAAACUGCUGCGCCGCAUCAGCGCAGCCGCAAUCGCCGAGGACGAGGUGGAGCAGGAAUUGGAUGGCCAGCACGAUCAGCCGAGUGACGAAGCCGUUGCACACCGAGACCAGCAGAUCCGCCAGCUCGAAGAGCGCAUCGAAAGGCGCAGACAGCUCUACACUCCGGCAAAAUCAAGCGCCCCGGCAGAGACCGCGCCCGACGCUGAACCACGCACCUUGCAGAGACCGCAGCUCAUUACCCUGCACGAGCCGACGCUCGACGUCAUCGGCGGCCGACACCUGGACGACGAAAGCGACUUUUCCGACGACGAGUCGCGCGUGGAUCAGAACGCACGACCCAGUGACCAUGGCGCGCAACUGGAUGCCAACACGCGCCGAUUCCAGGACGGCAUCGUACUCUACGACUCGGAGCGCAUCCCGGAUCCUCCGCUGCCGGAUCCGUCUAGGAUGCUGCGCAAUAUCGCCUCUGCCGUUGAGCUUCGCGGGCGAGAGGUGGAUCGAGGGGCCCUGGCACGCGCCACGUCGCUGCUGGCGCUGCCGCCUCAACCUGAUCCAGCUGGAAUGGGCGUGCAAGGCGUCGAGGGCGCAGCGCGACGCGGCGACCGCACGGCAUCGUCCAACACGCUCGUGGAUCCGAGCUCGGCACGCACCGUGUCGGGCGACGUCGGCUCACAGCACACGCUGUCCGAUCUCGGCGGCAAGGGCGCAACCAUCACCCGCACGGGCAGUCUGUUCAACAUCAGCCAGAUCCCCGAGCAGGAGAUCGAGAUGUUGGGCCGCGGCAAGCUCACCUUCAACAAGCAGCUCAACCGAUGGGAAAAGGUGCCGAGGUCGCGAUCGUCGCACGAGGAUCUGCGAUCCGCCGCAGCAUCGCGCAAUGAGAUGGUCGAUGCAGCCGCUGUUCCGACCGUGCCGACCCGGAGGACGCCGAUUCCUGCCAUCGCCGAGGCAUCCGCCGAGGUCUCGAGGAGCGAGGAUGUGUUUUCAGAGUCGGCCGAGGAGCAGCAGGCUCGCGUGCAGGCGGGCGGGCGGUCCAACUCGUUCCAGCAACGCCUCGAUAAUCUGUCGUCCAGCAGUCUUGCGGCUGAUCCGCAACAGAGUGCGUCCAGCGAUCCGUUUCGCGACUUUGAGAGCUUCGGACAGAGCUCGCGCGCGCCGGCGUCGCUAUCGGGUAGCGGCGAGGACGAGUCGACGCCCAAGGCGGUCAAGUCGCGCCUGUUCGUGGCUGGGCGUGAGGCGCGGCAGCCGCAGCCGACCGGCGCUGGUACGGCCGCUGCGACGCCGCCAGCAUCCGAGCUGCCGACGUUGCAAAGCGGUCGAGCUGGAGGAACCCCAAGCGUCGAAACAGCCAGCAGCGGUGGAAUAGGAGGUGCGCAGCGAACGGGUGCUGCAAGUGGGCUUGCGCCGCGAACGCUGCCGACGAGCACGGUGCCGAGGUCCAGCUCGUCGCUCCGCAACGUAGUCACGUACAGCCCGGACUCGACCGCCAGCAGUCACAUGUCCAGCGCGGGGCAGGCGGCACACGAAGCUCGGAAUGAGCGUGGCGUCGAGCUGCCUCCCAACUCUACCCAGAAUCUCCCAGCAACACGAAAUCGAGCCUCGGAGCCUAUUUUGGCCGGAACGCCGGCACGUCAGCCGGCGUACGCGUUCGGUACGCCCACACCCAAAGCGUCGGGGUCGAGCAUCUCGACGCCCAAGUCGAUCCUCAAGCAGCCGGCGAUGCGCGGCGAGCUGCCCGUGCGGCUCGGAGCAGGGUCGCAGAGCACGUCGGCCCAUUCGGGUGCGGGCGGCGGAACGCCGAACCGAACCAUCAGCUUUGCCGACCUCCCGCCUACGCGCGCGCGCGAUUUAGGUUUGGCUCCGUCUGCGCGCAGGAGCGUGGGGCAACGCGCUCAGGCCACGGCAGAUACCGACCAGGACGCAGAGGACGGCCGCACGCGCGCUAUAUCUUCAGCACUCCAGGCGCUUGCUGACCUCACGCUCGGCGAUGAAGCUGCUGUGGUCGGACCGGUGGCUGCGAAUACCAAGAUGCUCGACCUGGAUGCGAAUCGGUCGCACUGGUCGUACCACACACUGCGACGACCGCGCAAGAUACGGCACGAUCACGAUGAAGAGGCGAGCUGGGAGAGAGACGAGACGUACGACGAGCUGCACGGGUAUCCGGACAUGACGCUGCUCACGGACGCGUCGUUCAACUUUGCGCACGACAAGGUGCUCGAGGCCAUCACGGACGUCGAGCCGUGGGAGCCUGGCUGGGACGAGCUGCAGGUGGUCGAUCUGAGCGGACGCAGGCUCGAGUCGUGCGUGCGCCUCAAGGAGUUCCUUCCCGUGCUGGAGGAGGUGAAUCUGCGCACCAACGAGCUGUCCUACCUCACGGGCAUUCCGGCCUCGGUGCGUAUCCUGGAUGUGGCCGCCAACAGGCUCACGUCCAUGGCGUCCUUUGGGCACCUGCUGCAUCUCGAAGAGCUCGAUAUCAGCGGCAACCAGAUCGACUCGCUCUCGCAUCUGAGCUGCCUCAAGCAUCUGCACACACUCAGGGCCGACGGCAACGCCAUUUCAUCGCUCGAUGGGAUCGACCGCAUUCGCAGUCUGGUGCACGUCAGUCUGGCGAGGAACAAGCUUCGGGGCAUCAAUCUUGCCACGACGCAGUGGACGGGGUUGGAGACGCUGGAUGCGUCGCACAACCAGCUCAUCUCGAUGCGCGGCCUGGCGGCGAUGCGUCGGCUCAAGUCGGUCAACCUUGACCACAACGAGUUGGGCAUGGUGGAUUUGGCGCCGGCCAUGGCGCGGCUGCGCGUGCUGCGCGUGAGCGGCAACGCCAAGCUGCACACGCUCGACGUGGCGCCUGCCAAGCGGCUGCGUACGCUGUACGCCGACUACUGCGACCUGGACCGCAUCGAGGGGCUGGACCAGCUGGAGCAUCUGGACAAUCUCAGCAUGCGGCAGCAGGCCGAGGCAGCCAUCGUCUGGCCCGCCAGUCAACUGCGCGAUGUGCGUCGGCUGUUCCUCUCGGGCAAUGCCUUUCCGCAGGGUAUCUCGACCGGUCCCGCAAAGGAAGCGAUGGGACCUGCGAUGCUGGUGCAGCCACUGCGGUUCCUCAAUCUGGUGUACCUCGAGCUGUCGGCGUGUCAGCUGACGCAUCUGCCCGAGGACCUCGCCGAGAUGGCUCCCAAUCUGCGCUCGCUCAAUCUGGACCACAACCUGAUCUCGACGCUGCCGAGUCUGGCGGGCAUGGGGCGGCUCAAGCGGCUGAGUCUGGUAGGGUGUCGCGUGCGCAGGAGCAAGGCGCUGAUUGCGGCCGUGCGCGGACUCGGCGAACUGCAGGUGCUCGACUGCCGUACGAACCCGUGUACGCUCGGUCUGUACGCGCCCAUGGUGGCGCCCACGACGGUUGGCGGGGAUGCAGUCGUGGACAUCAUGGCGCCAUCCUGGUUGCCGCCCGUACCGAACGCACAGAUCGUCCAGCCUGAUAUGGCGGCCGCACAGCAGAGGAAGGAUGCACAGGCGCAAAGAGACCAGCUCGAGCGUCUGGACAAGUCGCACUUUCACAGACGCCAUGCACCCGUGGCGGACUACGCGGUGGAUGCCAAUGCGACGCUCGCCAGAGACGCGCUGGCGACCGAGACGGAGCGCAGAGCAAGAGAGGCAGGGGCGAACUACUCGGCACUCUUCAUGGCGGCCGACGCGCGGUUCGUCAAGACGCUGCCCAAGAUGUUUUUCGAGCGCAGGCUGUUGCAUCGCGGCCUGCUCGCCAUGGCGUGUGCCAAGCUCACCUGGAUCGAUGGCUUGGCAGUCGCGCAGGAGGAGGUGGAGCAGGCGGACGCGCUUGUGCAGAGUCGCCGGUUCGACCGAGUCCACGGUCCUAUAUUCAAGUUGCUGUCCCACACACGCCGUACACUGCUGGGCUGGUCAAUCCGCCAACCGACGCGCGCUAUCGCAACAAAGCACGUGGCCUUACGACCAUCACCUUCUCUGGUGCCAUACCGAGGCUUGGGCACGAUGGGUGAUCCGUGGGACUGCCUGUACGAAGGCAUGCUGCCGUUCCACGAGCACUUUCGCCACAGCAUCUCGCAGAUCUCUGCGCUGCUCACCGUCUUGUCGCCGCAAAGCGCGUCGAAAUCCAAGCCGACGGCGCUGAACAAUCUGCUCUACCUCACCGCCUCGCUGUGUCGCUCGCUCGAGACGCACCACACGAUCGAGGAACGCUUCAUCUUUCCAACGCUCGCCAAGAAGCUGCCGCAAUUCGGCAAAUCGAGCCAGCACAUCAAGGAGCACGACCAGAUGCAUUCCGCACUGCACAGCCUCGAAAGCUACGUGGGCGAGGUGGCGCGCAACCUCAGGCAGGCAAAAGCCAAGGACGGUCUGGACGAAGUUUACGACCAUGCUAAAAUGGAGGCGUUGGUGGCGAAGCUCAAGGACACCUUGUUGCCACAUCUGGCUGCAGAGGAAGCGAGUCUCAGAGCUCCAGUGGUCAAGGAGGCAGGAUUCGAGCUGGGUGAGAUUCGACACCUGAUCCGAUAA